UAUGUUUCUAUAUCGAUAGUUUUCAGCGGGUCCACGGCACAUCAGUUCAUAUUUCGAAAAUGAAGCAGUUAGUUGUUGUAGCUGUUCUUGGAAUUUUUGUCAGUGUCGUUAGGUGCAAAGUAGUGGUAGAAAAAAUUGAACAAUGUGGCGAUGCCACGAAUUAUAAAAUCAAGUUCACCAGCCAUUUAAGGGAAGAAGGAGGAAUUCAAAUAGCUGGAGGAACUUUGAAAACCGACAUAGAAACAGGAGAUAAUGUUGAAAAUAACGUGGAUAUUUAUACAUUGGAUAAUGGUGAAUUCAAAUUUCUCAUCAAUGCAAAAGAAACAUGGUGCAAUUCUCUCCAUAAUUAUAUGGGUGAUUUCGGCUAUGACAUGCAGAAAGCUGCUGGAAUAAACCCAGGAACCUGUCCAUUACCUGCAGGCGAAUAUUCAAUAAAAGAUCAUCCACUAGAUUUUAGUAAAUUCAAAUUCAGAGAUGUUCCGAAGGGAACACUAAAAAUGGUUGAUAAUAUAUUGGACUUGAAAACGAAAGAAAAACUGGGAUGUAUCGAAAUGCAAGUGCGCAUUGAGGCUGAUUAAGGAAAUUAGAACUUUCAAUAUUUCAGAUCUAUAAACCAAGAAAGCUUCAAAUAUACAUUGAAUAAGUACA